CAGCCUCCCACUGAGCCAGUACUGUCCAAAGACGCUCCAGGGAUCAAAACAGGCAUCCACUGGCUUUCUUUUUCUCUGUGAGGAGGUUCUCAAGCAUGGACAUCAAGAAGUCAAACCUAUGGACACUGAUUGGUCAGGGAGGCAUUGACGCAUCUACAGGAACAGACUCCACUAUUUGUCCCUGAUGGAUUCCAGAGAUAUCACAUAGCUCUGCUGAGAGCAUACAUUAUCUCCAUCCUUCAGCAAACUAAUUGUCUUAGCACAUUGACAACACAGCCAGGAGCUGGUGCCUUUCUCUCUCUAUGCCAGGAAUCCACAGUUUUCUUUUUAUUUCUUGGAAGGUUCUCAAGCAUGGACAUCAAGAGGUCAAACACAUGGACAUUGAUUGUUCAGGGAGACAUUGACGCAUCCACUAUUUGUCCCUGAUGGACUCCAGGAACAUCACGUAGCUCUGUUGAGAGCAAUACACUUUCUGUCCCCCAGCAGACUAAUUGUCUUAGCACAAUGGCAUCCCAGCCAGGUCCCAGAAGGCCAGUCUGGAUCCCUCGAGGCCUCAACUUUAGAUGGAAUCUCCCCAUAAUCGAAAGCAUCUUUGCCCCCCGACUGGCCUUCCUGCUGCCCUUGAGGGAUGCAGUUUCCCAGCAAAUGUCUCCCUGGAUAGUGAUUCCUUCCGUGAUGCUGUCUCUCCUGACUGGCAGGAACUACUUCUUGUGGGAGCAGCACAGAAUAAAAGCCAUGGCUGCCCCCGCAGAACUUCCUGUUAAUACCUGUGACAGAGACCCCACCGAAAGAGAUUUGGCAAGGAGGCUGAGCAUCGGAGAACCAGAUGCAGAACCCUGGCAGCUGGUCCUGGGAGAGUCUCAUGGAGCAACCAGCCUCCGGGCCCCCCAGGACUCCACCCUGAACAAGGAGGGGGAUCUCACAGUUUUCUUGGAAGAUGUGAAAUCCUGGGAAGUCACUGAUCCUGAGAAGCAGCUGAAAAAGUUGGUGGAUUUCAUGCACAACCUGAAUGAGCAGACGAAGAAUGACAAUGCCUGGUUUGACAUCUGUCUCUCAGAUCGGGCUGUGCAGGAUUUCCUGGUGAACACAGCCACCGUUUGCAAGGACCUCCCUCCCCAGGACACCAGACUCACUCGGUCCCACCUGCGCCUCCUCCUGGACCCUCACGUCCACUCCGUGCCAAACUUCCCCCAGGCUUCCUGGCUCCUACAGUGGGUCUGCAACCCAGUGGAGAUGCAACAACCACGGACCGACCCUUCUGAGUUUGCUGACUUUAUCCAGAUCCUAAAGGAAAUCCAGAACAGUGUCCUCAGGAUGGACCUUGACUCUGUGUCCCCUGCAUUGAUGGAGGAAGCUCAGAAACAGGCCACAGCUGCAGUGGGAUCUGCACUCAGCUCCCUGCUGCAGACACUCAGAGCCACAGGCCGAUCAGACAUGGAGCUGCUGUUCCUGUCCAUUGCAGCUGCAGCUGGCUACGUCGCAGAAAGCCAAACCUUUGGGGACCUUGUAGGGUGGGAAGAGAUCAACUUCUUGUUACAGGAAAUGCCAAAAGCCCAUGAGACUCACCUGGCUCUCAGAAGGCAGUGUGGGCCCAAGGCGCAGGCCUUCCUGGUGCUUACAGGUCUGACCGUGACUUCUGGGCCCACAGCCCUGACCCUCCAGCAGAAAGAGAAACGUUUGAGUCUUAUGAGGGAACACUUGGGACAGUCCCUGUCCACAGAGGUUGAUGGUGUCAUUUCCAGAGCAGGUUCUGAUUGGAAAUCUCUGGAGAGAAACCUGAAUUCUCUCAUCAUGGGAGAUGGUGAAGCCACAGUCCAUUCUUUGCCGAAUGACUUGGGGAGAAAAAAAAGGGAAAGUGUCUCUCAGGAAGAGAAACAGAUGAAUGACCCUACCCCCAGCAGACCCAGAGGCGAGCAGAGGGGAAGUUUUAGAGAGCAAGGAGGAAUAGACAAUCAGGACUUUCUGAACCUGAUCCAGAGGUUGGGCCUGGACCGGUACUAUCCAAGGAAGAUGGGCAGAGCAGAUUUCCACCUGAUUUACAAAACCUCCGUGCAUGACAGUCAGCCCCACACUGAAGAGGAAUUACCAUUUUAUUUCCUGCAAAAGCUGCUGAUGCUGGACUAUCGGCUGAGGUAUCUGGUCUGUGAGGAUGAUGGGAAGACAACAAUGACCAUGAUUGAGCCCCUGAGCCCCACAGGGCAUGUAAGUAACUCCUCAGACCUCCUCAGUGACUUUUUUAACAUCACUGAGACUCACCUGGCUCCCUCUGACAUCACUCAGACACAUAUUCAUCCAAUGGAUGUUCAGAUGGCUAUUUUCCACUGCGCAGAUGACUUCACACGACAAUAUAUUUCAACCAAACUUUCCAUUUGUCAAUUUGCUCUUCCAUUUUUGGUGCCCAAACCUUUUUCUUCCCAAAUUGAAUUCCCUCUCUGGUCUCUGCGCCAAGUCAAGAAGAGCUGGCGACAGAUGGAGACAUUAGGAGAGGAGAAGAGGAUGAAAAAUUAUAAUGGCAAACUGAUCUGUGAAACAGCCACCCCGAUCGUGUCUUUCCUGAGGGUCGGAAAUUCCUUCUUCUCAUCUAAGUCUCAGAUCCUAAACUCACUGCUUGUUAAUCAGAAACGUGACAUAUUUUUCCACCGUCACUGCAGGGGGAGCAGCAAAGAUGUUCUCCUGAUGGGAGGCGUGGUGGACAUUUUUUGGUAUUGUCCUGGGGGGAAGGACGAUGACAGCUUUGACAAUUGCAUCACCUUCACCAACCUCCAUGGAGACGCCAAAGAGCAUGAGGCCCAGCUCAGGUUUCUGCAGGAAGUCUCUUCUGUCACCAUCAUCCUCUUGCUGGCUUCUGAGCAAAAUGAGGGGAACAGGCAAAUCAUCCAUGAGUUUCUGCAGUCCCCAAAACCUGUCAUCUGCCUGUUUGACGACAAAGAGAAGAUCGUGGGUAGUAACUGUGGCCUCAAAGUGAGAAUUGGGAUCAAGAACCGAAACGAAGCGGAGUUAAUGGAGGAGCUGAGAGCCACAAUCACACACCUCCUGGAGGUCCAGGGACAAUUCCUCAGUCCUGUUAAUUGUGCUGAGAUUGCUCAUCGGCAUGGGUUCCUCAUAGAUGAGGACCAGAAGGAAUGCAAGAAAGCUAGAAUAAUGGCCCAGAAACUGGUAGAUCUUCUGACAAAAAAAAAAUUAUCAACAGUGAAGCAAGAGUUCCUGCCCCUUCAAGGAGACUUAUGGCACCAGUGGUGUAAGAAGGACAGGGAACUCAGUCAUCUGCAUGUGAAAGGGAACAAAAACAUUGAACAACACCGGAGUGAAAUUGAGGCAGAAAAGCAGGAAAUACGGAGGAUUCAGUACAAGAAUGCACUUUCCCUCAAUCCUCCUAUGAGAUCUGUGGUUGAUAUUCUGCAGGCCCCAUCAGGGACAAACAACAAGCUGUACUUUUUGCAAUGGCUGAGCGUCUUUCUGGAGAACCUGACUGCGAGUCACCUGGAUGCCCUUCAACAGAAAUAUGAUGGAUUGUGGUCCCAAGUACUAACAGAAAAGCAAAAAGAGGCAGCCAGUGACUCAGUAAAGCAGUUACAAAGUGAGUUAGAAUUCAUGUCCAAGGAGAUAAAUGACUCUAAAAUUGGGAUUGAACACUUCCUGAGAGAGAUUGGACAGAUUUAUGAAGCUGUGGAUAGGCAUUCACCUGAAAAGGACACACUGAUGUUUUCCCUUCCCCAGAUUGUCGCUGAUCUGAUGGUUGCUGGGUAUCCUGUGGAGCUCAUGGAUGGGGAUGCUUCCUAUGUGCCCCUGAAAUGGGUGGCGGCUAUUUUGGACAGGUUAACUGAGACCUUGGGAGACAGGAAGCUAUUUGUGCUUUCUGUCCUGGGUCUCCAGAGCAGCAGGAAGUCCACACUGCUGAACACCAUGUUUGGUCUGCAGUUCACUGUCAGUGCAGGGAGAUGCACCCGGGGAGCCUAUAUGCAACUCCUCAAGGUGGAGGAGACAUUCUUGGAAGAAGUGGGCUUUGACUAUGUACUCAUUGUGGACACCGAAGGACUCCGGGCCCCAGAGCUUGCCAAUAAAUCACUGAAUCGUGACAACGAGCUGGCAACCUUUGUCAUCGGCCUCGGUAACCUGACUAUAAUCAACAUUUUUGGAGAGAAUCCUUCUGAAAUGCAGGAUAUCUUAGAGAUCGUGGUUCAGGCCUUCCUGAGAAUGAACUUAGUGAGACUUUCCCCCAGCUGUGUGUUUGUGCAUCAGAAUGUGGGGGAGAUCAUGGCCAAAGAUCAGAAUAAGGAAGGACGCAGGAGGUUGCAGCAGAGACUGGAUGAAAUGGCGGCAGCUGCCGCAGAGCAAGAACAGAUCCCUGACAUCACCCAGUUCAGUGAUGUGAUCCGGUUUGACGUGAACACCCACGUACAUUAUUUUGCUCACCUGUGGGAGGGGAAUCCCCCCAUGGCCCCACCCAACCCCAGUUACAGCCACAACAUUCAGGAUCUGAAAAGCUGGAUUCUUACGGUGGCGAAAGGAGAAUCUCAAGGCCGCAUCUUGCGGCUGUCAGCCUUGAAGGACCGCAUCCAGGAUCUGUGGAGAGCCUUGGUAAAUGAGAACUUCAUUUUCAGCUUCAGGAACACUCGGGAGAUUGUGGCCAUGAGCAAGCUGGAGGCGAAGUAUAACAGCUGGACCUGGCAGUUGAGGAGUCAUAUACUGACUUUGCAGAAUGACCUGAACAACCAGAUUCAGAAUGGAAACUUAAAAGUCCUCAGUGCAUGUCAUUGCGAGAAUUCAGUGUCAGAAAAAUACGUGGCUAUCCAGCAAGAUCUUGAAAAGUAUUUCAAUGAAGAUGAAGAUUGUGAAAUAUUAAUUCAGUGGAAAGCAAAUUUUGGAAAUAAACUGCAGAUGCUUAAAGAGACACUAGUCUCAGAAACAAAAAGAAAAACUGAAGAGCUCAUUACCUUUAAAAUGAGUCAGAGUGAAUUGGACAAGAAAAAUUCAGAUUAUGAGAAUGAGUUGCUGGACCAGAGCAGAGCGCUUGCUCUAUCAUUACAAGAUAAAGAAUUCCAUGAGGAGGAACUGAGAGGGAAGUUUGAUGACCUCUGGGCAAAGUGGGUGACAAAAUUGUCCUCAAAUCACCCUCCUGUCACAGAUCCCAAAAUUGACUUGGAUUUGGAAAACAUCCUCUGUAACUACUUUAAACAGGAGCACAAUAUUGUGGACAAAAUCCGUAGUAUUUCCAGCCAGGAAACAUUUUCUAUGAAGUUUUCCAAGUAUGUAAAAACAAAUAAAAAAUAUUAUGUUUUAGGCCAUAAAUUAGAGGAGUUUGAUAAAAUGAAUAUCAAUCAAACUACACAGCAAAUUGAGGAAGCUGUUAAUGAGAUCAUUGAUAUCAAAGAGAAGCUGAGAGCAGGCUACAGUUCCAGUUACUUCCAUGAAAUAUUGAGAACAAUAGACACAAAUGUAGAGUCUGCAAAUAGUAAUGAAAGAUAUACUUUUACAAACAAGUACAAACAAGACUUGUCCCUGCAACUGUGCCAUAAUGCAAAAAAGAGAUUCAAGAAUAUGCACCAGGCAUUCACUACAGCAAAUCAUCCGGUCAACUACCUAGAAAGUAAAAAAGAGGAUUUCUUCAUGAGUUUUAAGAUUUCCUGCCAAGGAGCCAUCUCCAUCAGAGAUGUUGCUGAUUUCUUGUGGGAUAAAGUAUCUUCUGCUUUGCUUAGUACAGUCUGGGACAAAGCAGCCAUCGAUCUCGCUGAUGACAUCAGGUCUAACGCUCCGGCCUUCAACGGUAACAGAUCUAACCUGGAGAGAUACAUUCUGAUCUCACUGGCGGAAGACGAAAGCUUUGAUAGUUACUGUCAGUACAUUCACUCUCCCAGGGACUAUUUUAAAAGCUAUAUAAAGAAACAGGUUGAGAAUUAUUGCUCAAUCCAGGAAUGGGAAAAGCUAAAGCAUUUUGUAAGAUGCAGUUCUGAGAGUUUCAAGGCAGACAUUCUUACAGCUAUUCAUGAAUCAACCAUUGCAACCAAAACCGGGAAUGGGUCUGUGUCCAUGUGGCUGGAUGAAUUUUGUCAACGCCUUGGGCAUCGCUUAACCCUACGUAGAGGAGACCUGAAAAGCAUUGAGCAUCAGGAAAUCAAGGACAUCGAAUUUCUCAAAGAGGCAGUGAUCAGAGCUGUGGAAGGGCCCCGGUCUCCCACCCUGCAGACCAGUGAUGUAGACUGGGCUGGCACAGUUAUGGCAGAAGUGGCCCCUAAGAUCCAGAAGAUGCUUUCUGACCAGCUCUCCGGCUGUUGGAAACAAUGUCCCUUCUGCUUGGCGAUCUGUACCAACACAGUUGCUGAUCAUAAUGGGGACCACAGCGUCCCCUUCCAUCGCUCCGAGGCAGUGAAUGGUUGGAGUUGGCAUAAAACAGGUAAUUUCUCAAUAGAUUUUUGUACCUCUGCAGUAGCAAGUGAUAAUUACUUUAUGCUUAGUGAUGGCCGAAGCUUCCCAUACAAGACAUAUCGCCUGGCGGGAGGGGAGUACGCCACAUGGAGUAUCACUCCAGACAUGGAUGACAAACCCUACUGGAAAUGGUUUCUGUGCCACUUCAAGGACCAGUUGGAAGAGAAGUAUAAUAAAAGAUUCAGGGACAAAGGAGAAAUCCCUCACAUGUGGAGAAAAAUUCACAAGGAAGAAGUGAUUGCUGACCUGAAAAAACUAUCAGACCUCAAGACUUUUCAGUACUAAUUGCCACAUUGAAAUAGAUCUAUAUAUCUGAAAAUGUAAAUUUCAAUGGAUCAGUGAUACAUAAUUUGGAAGUGAACACAGACUCCACUAUUUUGUUCGAUUAAGAAGCAAAUAAAAUCUUUACAAUCA